GUAAAGCCCUCGGCCCCUGUGACAUUCAGUGCUCUCCAAGACGCCUAGCACAAACAUAUGGAUAAACAAACAGUAACGCAACACUGAAUUAAAUGCUCAAAUAUAUUUAAAUAUAAAAUGGGCAACCAAUUCAAAAACGUGGCGGUGAUAGCCUGUUUAAAAACGUUUCUUUUUGUUUUCAACAUAGUAUUUUGGUUCACAGGCCUGCUACUGUUGCUGGUGGGACUAUGGGCUGAGUUUGACCUUCACAAGUACAUGGAGCUAUCUCCUGAGUUCUCAGGGACCGCUCCUCACGUACUAAUUGGUAUCGCUUGCCUCAUCGUCCUUGUCAGCUCGAUAGCCUUCUCCUGCAUCAUCAAGGGCCAGCCUGUGCUGCUAUACAUAUACGGUGGAUUCUUGGCUUGUAUCUUCAUGAUGGACGCGGGAGUAGGGGCGGCAGCAGCAUGUUACCGCGACACCUUCGCCAAAAGUCUCCGUGAUGGUCUCACCCAGACUAUCACCAAUAACUAUCCCCACAAAGCCAACUUUGAUUUCGCACAAAAAAAUUUGCGCUGCUGUGGCGUAUCUAACUACACUGACUGGAUAAGGCUGUCACCGCAGAAGGUGAUCCCUAUCUCGUGCUGCCUCGACCCGGACGACUGCAUCACGGCUAAUUACAGCGACGUCUUCCAACAAGGUUGUUAUGCGGUGAUCUCGGAGUACUUGGAAAACAACAUCGACCUAGUGGUGGGUGUCGCCAUCGGCACCGCCCUGCUGCCGCUCAUCGGAACGUUCCUCUCUUGUUUCCUCGCCAGUUACAUCAAGAAGUCCAAAUACGACGUGGUCAACUAACUCCUACGAUUAUAAUGCGACUCUCAAUUUUCUAAUCUCCUCUCGACUGAAGCUAUCCAUGUUGGACAAAUUUGCAUUUUUAUUCAUAUUUAAUAUUCCUUAUAUUAUUAUACUUAAAUUAAAAUAUUUAUUAGAAUUAUUUAUGUUUACAAAUUUGAAUAUUAUUAUAUUUAAAAUCGAUGUAUUCUUUACAAAUAUUAUUAGCAUCGUCAAUUUUUAAAUGUUAUUAAACUUGAAGCAAAGCGA